CCGUUCGGGCGCGCUCCCGGAGGGUGGGGUGAAGUACCGCGCUGUGCGUCCCCGAGUCUCGCGCCCGCGCAGCGCGUCCCCGCACCGCUCGUUCCCGCGCGCCUCCUCAGCAUCCUCAGGCCCGGCAGCAACCCCCGCAGUCACUGGAGCGGCCGCGCCCGCCACUGGGAGGGUGCAGCCGCUGGGGAGGCUCCAAGUUGUCGGAGCGGCGGGGACCCCCUCUGCGGGCCGCUCCCCGAAAGGCGGAAAGAGUCGAGGAGGGCGCGCCGGCGUCCCCGAGACCCCAGCCCCUGACCCCUGCCCGCGGCCGCAGCAUGCGCGCCCAGCCGGCGUGACCGGCUCCGCCCGCAGCCGCCCCGCAGCCCAGCCCGGCGCUCUUACGGGUCACUCGGACCGGCGCCCGGGAGCGAUGAGCCAUGAAGCCGCCCGGCAGCAUCUCCCGGCGGCCGCCCCUGACGGGCUGCAGCCUGGCCGGCGCCUUGCGCGGCCCCUGCCGCUACCCCACCGGCCCGGUGCUGGCCCGCGCGCCGCCCUGCCGCCUGCUCCUCGUCCUUCUCCUGCUGCCUGCGCUCGCCACCUCGUCCAGGCCCCGCGCCCCGGGGUCCUCUGCGCCCAGUGCUCCGCACUGGAAUGAAACUGCAGAAAAAAACCUAGGAGUCCUGGCAAACGAAGACAACACAUUGCAACAAAACAGCAGCAGCAGUCCCAGCCACAGCAGUGCAAUGCAGAAAGAAAUCACACUGCCUUCAAGACUGGUAUAUUACAUCAACCAGGAUUCGGAAAGCCCCUAUCACGUUCUUGACACAAAGGCCAGACACCAACAGAAACACAAUAAGGCUGUCCAUCUGGCCCAGGCGAGCUUCCAGAUUGAAGCCUUUGGCUCCAAGUUCAUUCUUGACCUCGUACUGAACAAUGGCUUGCUCUCUUCUGACUAUGUGGAGAUUCACUAUGAAAAUGGGAAGCCGAUGUACUCUAAGGGCGGAGAGCACUGUUACUACCAUGGAAGCAUCAGAGGUGUUAAAGACUCCAGGGUGGCUCUGUCGACGUGCAAUGGACUCCAUGGCAUGUUUGAAGAUGACACCUUCGUGUAUAUGAUAGAGCCGCUGGAGCUGACUCAUGACGAGAAAAGCACAGGCCAACCACACAUGAUCCAGAAAACCUUGGCAGGACAAUAUUCUAAGCAGAUGAAGAAUCUCAGCACAAAUGGCGGUGACCAGUGGCCUUUGCUACCUGAGUUACAGUGGCUGAGAAGAAGCAAAAGAGCAGCAAGUCCAUCACGCGGUGUGUUUGAAGAAAUGAAGUAUUUGGAGCUUAUGAUUGUCAAUGAUCACAAGACGUAUAAGAAGCACCGCUCUUCUCACGCACAUACCAACAACUUCGCAAAGUCUGUGGUCAACCUUGUAGACUCAAUUUACAAGGAGCAGCUCAACACCAGGGUUGUCCUGGUGGCUGUAGAGACCUGGACCGAGAAGGACCAAAUUGACAUCACCAUCAACCCCGUGCAGAUGCUGCACGAGUUCUCCAAGUACCGGCAACGCAUCAAGCAGCACGCCGAUGCCGUGCACCUCAUCUCGCGUGUGACGUUCCAUUAUAAGCGAAGCAGUCUGAGUUACUUUGGAGGCGUGUGUUCUCGAAUAAGAGGGGUUGGUGUGAAUGAGUAUGGUCUUCCAAUGGCAGUGGCACAAGUAUUAUCACAGAGCCUGGCACAAAACCUUGGAAUCCAGUGGGAACCUUCUAGCCGGAAGCCAAAAUGCGAGUGCAUAGAAUCCUGGGGCGGCUGCAUCAUGGAAGAAACCGGGGUAUCCCACUCUCGAAAAUUCUCUAAGUGCAGCAUUUUGGAGUAUAGAGACUUUUUACAGAGAGGAGGUGGAGCCUGUCUUUUCAACAGGCCAACAAAGCUAUUUGAGCCCACAGAAUGUGGCAAUGGAUAUGUGGAGGCUGGGGAGGAGUGUGAUUGCGGUUUCCAUGUGGAGUGCUACGGCGUUUGCUGUAAGAAAUGCUCGCUGUCCAACGGGGCCCACUGCAGUGACGGCCCCUGCUGCAACAACACCUCAUGUCUUUUUCAGUCACGAGGCUAUGAAUGUCGGGAUGCUGUAAACAGCUGUGACAUCACUGAAUACUGCACUGGAGACUCCGGCCAGUGCCCACCGAAUCUCCACAAACAAGAUGGUUAUGCCUGCAAUCAAAAUCAGGGUCGCUGCUACAAUGGAGAGUGCAAGACAAGGGACAACCAGUGUCAGUACAUCUGGGGAACAAAGGCUGCAGGGUCAGACAAGUUCUGCUAUGAGAAGCUGAACACGGAAGGUACGGAGAAGGGCAACUGCGGCAAGGAUGGAGACCGAUGGAUCCAGUGCAGCAAACAUGACGUGUUCUGUGGAUUUUUACUUUGCACCAACCUUACCCGAGCUCCACGUAUUGGUCAGCUUCAAGGAGAGAUCAUCCCAACGUCUUUCUACCAUCAAGGCCGAGUCAUUGAUUGCAGCGGUGCUCACGUAGUUUUAGAUGACGAUACAGAUGUGGGCUACGUGGAAGAUGGGACUCCGUGUGGCCCAUCCAUGAUGUGCUUAGAUCGGAAGUGCCUACAGAUUCAAGCCCUGAAUAUGAGCAGCUGCCCUCUUGACUCCAGGGGUAAAGUCUGCUCCGGCCAUGGGGUGUGCAGCAAUGAAGCCACCUGCAUCUGCGAUUUCACGUGGGCAGGCACAGACUGCAGCAUCCGGGAUCCAGUUCGGAACCCCAACCCUCCAAAGGAUGAAGGACCUAAGGGUCCUAGCGCCACCAAUCUCAUAAUAGGCUCCAUCGCUGGUGCCAUCCUGGUAGCAGCUAUUGUCCUUGGGGGCACGGGCUGGGGAUUUAAAAACGUCAAGAAGAGGAGGUUCGAUCCCACUCAGCAAGGCCCCAUCUGAGUCGCCUGUGCCAGAGGAAUGCCACCUUGCACUGUUGGGUUCCGGGUAUGACAUGUUCUCAGCCAUGCUGCCGGAUCUCUUACAUCUGUAAACAAGACCAUUGGGUGGUAAUGACUACAGAGCUCAAAUUUGGGGAUGGGGAUGGGGAACACGGCAAUG